UAAACAAUCGCCGUGCGUAGUGCCAAGCACAAGCCCUCCAUUACAUCUCCCGAUUCUCACCGAUUCCAUCGCUAAUAAAUAUUCACAAAAGUGUUAUAACAUACGAAUGCGCGCAAUAGAACCUAAAGUACUACAUAGUUAUGAUGAGAUGAUUACAAUACCACCGAAAUUCAACAAAGCAACAUCAGAUAUAAGUACAACGUCAGCAGGGACAUCAUCGUCGCUCCCCUGAAAACGCUUGGCUGUUAGUUGACUUUACAGCCAGUGUUCCCACACCCAAGAGGCCAUUGCGUGUGGGCGUGCGUGUGCUGGCGUCUGUGGGGUCGCCCAGCUCUUGGAAAAAGAGUAAGAGUUCUAGAAACCGUUGAACAAUCGCCUGGAAUCGUUUGCAACGAUUCUACUCCUACCAGAUUCGGAAAGAAAGCUCGAGUAUUCUGAGGUAAUAUACAGUAUAUACUACAGCUGGCUCUUUGGUGUUUGGAGGAGGGACAAGUUACAAGUACAAGGCUUUUGAAAGCAAAGCAGCUUUGUGGAGUUCAGUCGUUCAUGUUCCUGUUUCUCAGACAGCUUUUCUUUGGGUAUUUCUGGAAACGUACAAGUACAAAGGGAAAAGGGAAAAAAAAAAAAAAAAAAAUACACAAAUAAAAGCCCCCACUUAGUUACCUGGCCUUCAUUCUCUGAGAAAAUUUGUUUGUUAUAUCUCCUUUAAUUCUAGUUCUCCAAGAGUCUUCUUGGUGAUGAUGUUUCACCAAUUUGGACAGAGUAGUGUUUUGAACUUGGAAGAGUGGAGACUGGAAAUGUUCCCGGAACUACUCUUGGAUAUUUUUAGUUCGCUUUAGAUCAGCUUUUGAACUUCAAACUUCGAAAAUUCAGAGGAAAAGGAUCAAAAAACUGGUGGGCUUUUGAAGAAGGAUACUGAUGGAAGAUGGUGUUUUACCACCCGUUACCAUGCUGGAUACUCUGCUUGAUACAGCUACGGAUUUUGACUUCAUGGAUGAACUUUUUUCUGAUGGAUGCUGGUUGGAAACAACAGAUGGAUCUGAAUUCCUUAAUCAGAUUCCCUCUAGUUCUGGUGCCCUCUUAGACCCUUUACUUUUAUGGCCUGCUUUGGAGACUAAUGGCAGCUUGAGCGCAAGUCCAUCUCAAAAGGGCAAUCAAGAUGAGACGCGAAGACCAUCGCCUGAUGAAUCACAGGAAAGAAGUUUAGUCAAUGCUACAUCUCUUGGACAGAAUACGAUUACUCUUGCUGGGUGUCGUAGUGUGUCAGAAAAUAAUGUAAUUGAAGGUUCUGAACCAGGCACAAGGUUGUGGAUUGCACCCCGCGGGAAUCCAGGUUCUACAUCUUCUGUAACAGAGAGAUUUAUCAAGGCAAUUGGGUAUAUUAGAGAAGUCACAAUAGAUAAAGAUGUUCUUAUACAGAUAUGGGUGCCUGUCUAUAAAGGGGGUAGACGCAUUCUAACAACUAUUAAUCAACCUUUCUCCAUUGGUUCUAGCUGUCCGAGUAUUGCACGAUACCGAGAGAUCUCUGAGAGCUUUGUAUUCUCAGCUGAGAAGGAUUCUAAGUACUUGGUGGGAUUGCCUGGUCGGGUUUACUUGGAUAAGGUUCCUGAGUGGACCCCCGAUGUUCGAUUCUUUAGAAGUGAUGAGUACCCAAGAGUUAAUCAUGCUCAACAGUAUGAUAUUUGUGGAACUCUUGCCCUUCCAAUCUUUGAACAAGGCAGUAGGACUUGCUUGGGCGUUAUUGAGGUUGUGAUGACGAAGCGGCAUAUCAAGUAUCACCCUGAGCUGGAAAGUGUUUGCAAGGCACUUGAGGCUGUGGAUCUUAGGAGUACUGAUGCUUUGAGCACUGAGCAUGUCAAGCAGGCAUCCGACAAGAUUUACCAAGCUGCAUUGCCUGAGAUUCUAGAGGUUUUGAGAUCUGCUUGCGAGACACAUAGAUUGCCCUUAGCUCAAACUUGGGUUCCCUGCAUUCAACAAGGUAAAGAGGGGUGCCGGCACUCUGAUGACAACUACCUUGAUUGUGUUUCAACUGUAGAUCACGCUUGCAUUGUAGCUGAUCACAAUAUGCAGGGUUUUCAUGAGGCUUGCUCUGAGCAUCACUUGUUGAGGGGUCAAGGACUUGUCGGGAGAGCAUUUGGGACCAAUCAACCAUGCUUCUCAACUGAUAUAAGAUCCUUUGUCAAGACAGAGUAUCCUUUGGCUCACCAUGCAAGGGUGUUUGGAUUGCGUGCUGCUGUUGCGAUACACCUGCGCAGCAUCCACACUGGUACAGCUGACUUUGUCUUGGAGUUCUUCUUGCCUGUGGAUUGCACUGAUCCUGAAGAACAGAAGAAGAUGCUUAGUUCACUGUCCGUUAUUGUACAGCAGGUUUGCCAGGGCUUACGUGUUGUAACAGACAAUGAGCUCAAGGAGGACAGUAAUUUGCCAGUUAAUGGUAAACCUAGCGGAGGAGAGAUUUUACAUGAGAAGUCCUCAGAGAUUUGGCAACAUCAACAUGAUUCUAACCUAAAAAGAAAUGCUGAGUUUGGUGAAGAGUGUUCUGCAUAUGAUGAGGGUAGCUCCCCAAGUUUGGAUAUGGGUAUAGCUGGAGAGAAAAAACGUACCAAGGCAGAGAAAACGAUCACUUUGGAAGUUCUUAAGCAAUAUUUUGCUGGUAGUCUAAAAGAUGCCGCGAGGAGUAUUGGAGUGUGUCCAACGACUUUGAAAAGAAUCUGCCGACAUCAUGGGAUUAAACGGUGGCCUUCUCGAAAAAUUAAGAAGGUCGGUCACUCCUUACUGAAACUCCAAGGGGUAAUCGAUUCAGUCCAAGGUGCAUCUGGUACUUUACAAAUUAAAUCCUUUUAUACAAACUUCCCAGAGCUAGCCUCUCAAAACUUAGGAGGAACCAGCCCUUCAGCUUCAAAGCUCAGUGAUCAUCCACAGCCAUCAAGCAUGCAGCCUGAGGGUGGGAUUUUGAACCCUCAAGCUGCUGCAUCAAAAUCACCCUCCUCUUCAUGCACUCAGAGUUCGAGUUCAAGUGGGACACUCCAACAUCCUUCUACAUGGAAUGUUGCUGGUUUUGACGAUCCAAUGGUUGGAGAAAACCUUGGUGAUGGUGUGCUGAAGAGGGUUGGAAGUGAAGCAGAGCUGCAGGCCUCAAGUCAAGGACCAAACCUGCUGGCUAGAUCCUGGAGCCAUAAAUCUCUUAAUGAGCAUCCUAAUGCUGAGAGUCUACGGCCCUUACGGAAAAAUAGUGGUCGGCUAUCUCAAGAAGGGAAUACUUUGAAAGUCAAGGUCACAUACGGAGAUGAGAAAGUGCGUUUUCGCAUGCAAAACACUUGGAAACAUAAGGAUUUACUGCUAGAAAUCGCCAGACGAUUUAAUAUAGAUGACAUAAGUAGAUUUGAUCUCAAGUACUUGGAUGAUGAUGCUGAGUGGAUCUUAUUAACAUGUGAUGAUGAUUUGGAGGAGUGUAUUGAUGUGUGCCGAUCAUUGCAGAACCAAACUAUCAAACUGUGCCUCCAAGUUUCUCACUAUCAUUUAUCUUAGGCAGCUGUGGCCCUUUGUAAUUAUAAAAGGCUUUGAGUGGUCUUGAUGAGGUCUGCCAAGUUUCAAGUUCAAAAUGCUCUGAGUGGUCUUCAUUGUAAAAUGCUCUGAGUAGUCUUGAUGAGGUCUGCAGAGGUUAAAGUCCAUAAUGUAUGCAAUCCUUCCAUUAAUUUCUGGCUUGGAUGUCAAAGCCUGGCUGGGAAGUUGUAAGCAUGAACUCCCAGCAGAGUUGGCUGUCACAAGAAUGCUUCAUAGUUUAACUAGCUGGACUGCUGGACAAAGUCAGCAAAAAUAAGGGGGGCUUUGGAGGGAGAGAGGUCUUUUUUGGAAGCAGUGAAUCUUGGUCGUUCACUGUGGGCCACAACAGCUAUGGAAUCUUGAUCUGAUAUUUCAAAAUUGUACUGAAAUGGGUUGUCUUAAGUUCAAGCAAAGGCUGGAUUGCAAAUACUGUAGUUUGUAAAGUCAAACAUCAUUUCUCUCUAGAGAAGAAAUUUCAGAAAAAGGAACUCAAUAUUUUAUGUUUUUUCUGUUUGAUAACUUACUGGUAUAUUUUAAUAGGUACUCUAAAAUUGGAAUGAAAGUGAAAUUUAUGUC